AUCCCGUGACUCCCUCAUCCGCGGUGGGGAAGCAGCCAGGCAUGGAGGCGCGGCUGGGCAUGGCUCUGGGAGGCGCGGGUCCCUCCUGAGGCGGCUCGGCCUCCUUCUCCUUCUCCGUCUCCGUCUCGUCCUCGCUCUGCCUCUCCGCCUCCAUGGCUUCCCCGCGGCUGGAGACCUUCUGCUGCCCGAACCGCGACGCCGCCACGCAGCUGGUGCUGGCCUUCCAGCCGGAGGUCUUUUGCGGGGUCUGCCUGGGCAGCGCCGGGGCCGGGCUCUUCUUCAGCCUCCUGCAGCUCCUCCCCAAGAAGGGCCGCGGGGCCAGGAAGGGGCCCAAGGCCGCCGCCGCCUCCGCCGCCGCCUCCUCCUCCGCCACCAUCCUCCUCCUCGUCUCCGCCUGCGACAUGCUCGGCGCCCUGGGUAUAAUCUUCAGAUCAACUGUUUGGCUAGGGUUCCCAAACUUUAUAGCAAACAUAUCCGUGGUGAAUGGGACUGAUAUCUGGCCUGCUGCGUUUUGUGUAGGAAGUGCGAUGUGGAUCCAACUUUUGUACAGUGCUGGCUUUUGGUGGCUCUUUUGCUAUGCUGUUGAUUCCUACUUGGUUGUUAGAAGAUCUGCAGGUUUAAGUACAAUUGUGUUAUAUCACAUGAUGACGUGGGGUUUGGCCAUCCUGCUGUGUGUGGAGGGAAUUGCUAUGCUGUACUACCCUUCUGUUUCUAGUUGUGAAAACGGUUUGGAGCAUGCGAUUCCUCAUUAUGUCACUACGUAUGUUCCACUAGUGCUUGUUUUGGUGGCCAACCCAAUCCUUUUCAGUAGGACAGUGACUGCUGUUGCAUCUUUACUGAAAGGAAGGCAAGGAAUCUAUACAGAGAAUGAAAGACGUCUGGGGACAGAGAUCAAAGUUCGUUUUUUCAAAAUUAUGUUGGUGGUUGUUAUUUGUUGGUCAUCGAAUAUUAUCAAUGAGGGCCUUUUGUUCUACUUGGAAAUGCAGCCAGAUAUCAAUGGAAGCCUUUUGAAAAAUGUCCGAAGCGCUGCACUGAUCACGUGGAUCAUAAUGGGAGUGCUAAACCCAAUGCAAGGCUUUCUCUUCACAUUGGCCUUUUAUGGAUGGACUGGCUGGAAAUUGGAUCUGCAGUGGCGGAAGAGUGAAAUACCCUGGGAGUCCUUGUCCACGUCAACUGUGGCUGAAAACGCUUAUGGUUUGCCAGGCGAAAACUCUGUAAACUUCCAAGACUCAAAGAAGACAUCUGUAGCACCAAGUCAUCAGUCGGAUGAAGCCUUAAGCAUGCUGUCUGAAGGGUUGAUUCAACUCCCAACAAUGUCCUUUUAUCUCGACAUCCCUUUAGAGAACGAACACAGGUUUCCCCCCCACCCUAACUUUCAGGGAGAAGGAGGAAGAGGCACAAGGCGGGCCCUCAGGAACCAAACCCAGCCCUUUGGGGGGAGAAGCAGCGCCCACGACGGAGACCUGGAGUCACUUAGAAGACUUGCAUAACUUUCGAAAAAUCAUAGGUUCUGAUGCUAGCACAAUUGAAAUCCACAUCUCAAGUGGAAUCCAUGAAUUAGAUGGUAACGAUGCUGAUGUUGAAUAAAUGGAAAACAAUUCCAAUGAGGAGCUGGAGAUCCCAAAUGUCUAUCAUGGCAAUGUUCAGUAGCCCUUCUUUGAAAAUCAUUCCAUAUACAAGCCUGAACACUGCUUGAUUAACUUGUCACAGUUUUCUAGUCUAUACAAAACCAUAUUUCGAAUAGAUAAAGUGAUCCAGAAUAUGUAUUCAAGCCAUGCCUAGAUUCAACAAGUGGUAAAAUGCUCUGCUUGUCCUAA